AGAGCGAUGAUGAACAAAGAAGUAGAAGGUGCUCUUAUUGACUUGUACGUCGUCUCUACCCACAAGGAUCUCUCCUCCAAUCCUAAGCUGCGGGUGUUCAACGUGUAUGACUAUCAAAAGACGUACGGAGUAGUGCUGGCAGGGGUCUCUAUGAAGCUAGAGAAGUGCUUCCUUGACUUUGUUAAACUGAACAAGGGAGACAUCUUUCACAAAAUAGAACAAACAGUAAAGAGGCCAAUGACUUACGAAGACUCCAUUGCAGAGGAUCCUGUCGAGGAUGUAAGCGGUGGACUUUUUGACCCCAGCGCUUACCAGUUCCGUUUGAGUGUUUUCUUCCUGUUGGCUCUCUUUGCUGUGGCUGUUCUUUGUGGACUGGUUUAUCAUAUACACUGGACAUCAAAACGACGUUCAAAUAGCAUAGACCAUUACAACCAUCUCGCGACUGUACGACGAGAAAUGCGUCAAGAAGUGAACAACUUUCACAGAAGGUUUUGUGAAAUCGUCGAGGAACUGAAAAGACGUCACAUCAAGGAGAGACGACGGUUCUUGGCACGCAGAAGCAGCAGUUUUUUACAUAUCACAGUGACUUCUUUCCGCAACUUCUCUGAGAGCUGAGAAGUCAUGCCUUAGGGUGAG